AUGUUAAGUCCAGCCAUUCAGGAAGCAUUGAACAAACAGAUUAACCAUGAAUUUUACUCCUCCUACUUUUAUCUUUCGGUGUCAGGCUAUUUUGAGUCGCUUAAUUUGCAAGGUUUCUCGCAUUGGAUGCGGUUGCAAAGUCAGGAAGAGAGAGAACACGGGAUGAGGUUGUUAGACCAUCUCCACGAUAGGAACGGACAUGCGACCUUUGAAGCGAUUGCUCAACCGCCUAUAGAAUUUCAGUCCCCGGUAGAAGCCUUCCAGCAGGCUUUGCAGCAUGAGGACUAUGUAACGCAGACUAUCAAUCGGUUCUACGAGUUGGCGCUGCAAGAGAAGGACUACGCAAUGCAGGUAGAGUUACAGUGGUUUGUUUCAGAGCAGGUCGAAGAGGAAAAGCAAGCCCGUCAGAUACUGGAUCAGCUGAAAAGGCUUGGCGAUCAGGGGACGGCUCUGUACCUGUUGGACAAGGAAUUAGGCGAACGCGAGAACGACGACUGA